CACAGCUUAACUGGGGGUUGUUGCUGAUUGAGAAGGAGCACAGACUGAAAACAAGACCACAUUUUGGUUUUGGUUUUUUAAAAAUCCCUUGUUCUGGCUAAACCUAGGGCUAUGCAAGAGAUUAAGGCCACUUUUUCCAAUAGCUACAAGAACCCUGCAUUUGAGGGGGAUGCUGGAAGUGACAUUCUGAACAAGGAAAAUGAUACUGCAUUUAGGAACAGGAACCCAGAAAGAGGCAGUUCUCUCCAUCCUAACCAUUAUGAUACAAACAUCAGUAUUGAGAGUGAGAAUCAAGGGAAUACACAUGAAUCGGAAGAAAAGGAGAAACCUGGGUCCAAAGGGUAUCUCAAAAAGAAAUAUGAUACGGUCGUUCACUUUUGCAGGAAACAUAAAACCAGAAUCCGAUAUGUGAUUUAUGGAAUAUUAAUAGCAGCUUAUCUGGCAAUGGUAAUUGCGGCCUGCAUCUUGAACUUCCACAGAGCCUUGGCCCUCUUCGUACUCACUCUCCUAGGCAUCUUCUUCAUCUGUUGGGACUUUUUGAUAGCCAGAUAUGAGGACAGAAUUGCAGAAUCCCUUUCUCCCUGUAGAAAUGUUCUGAAAGCACAGUGGUUUUGGCUGAAAUGGGUCAUGUGGAUUGCUCUCGUAGCUGCCAUCGUGUGCUGGCUUGUCUUUGACACUGCCAAACAAGGAACCAAGCAGCUCAUUUCCUUUGGUGGACUUGUAAUGUAUGUUCUUUUGAUGCUGAUCUUUUCCAAGUACCCAACUAAAGUUGUGUGGAGACCAGUACUCUGGGGAAUGGGAAUGCAAUUUGUUCUCGGACUAAUCACAUUGCGGACAAAAGCAGGAUUUGAGGCCUUCAGUUGGCUUGGAGGGCAAGCACAGACUUUCUUGGAAUACACAGAUGCUGGCGCUGAGUUUGUGUUUGGUAAAAAAUAUACUGACCACUUCUUUGCCUUCAAGGUGCUGCCGAUAGUAAUUUUCUUCAGCACGGUGAUGUCUAUGCUUUACCACAUUGGAUUCAUGCAGUGGCUAAUUAAAAAGGUUGGCUGGGUAAUGCAAAUUACCCUAGAGACAAGCCCAGUUGAAUCUUUAGUUGCAGCUGGCAACAUAUUUGUGGGACAGUCAGAAUCUCCUCUCUUGGUGAAGCCUUACUUGCCCUAUGUUACCAAGUCUGAACUCCAUGCCAUCAUGACGGCAGGAUUUGCAACCAUUGCUGGAAGUGUCUUAGGAGCAUAUAUUUCUUUUGGCGUUUCAGCUUCCCACUUACUAACUGCUUCUGUGAUGUCGGCACCAGCAGCUUUGGCUAUUGCCAAACUCUUUUGGCCUGAGACUGAGCGUCCCCAGAUAACUUCACAACAGAGUACAAAACUGGAAAAGGGAGACUGCCAAAACCUGUUGGAAGCAGCUAGUCAGGGUGCUUCUGCCUCCAUCUCCUUGGUAGCGAACAUUGCUGUGAACUUGAUUGCCUUCAUUGCCUUGCUGGCUUUCUUUAACGCAGCCCUUUCUUGGCUGGGGAACAUGUUUGACUAUCCGAAGUUGAGCUUUGAGGUCAUUUGUGCCUAUGUCUUCAUGCCAUUUUCUUUCAUGAUGGGCGUAGAUUGGGAAGACAGUUUUAUUGUCGGUGGACUUCUAGGCUAUAAGACUUUCUUCAAUGAAUUUGUGGCUUAUGAAGAACUUUCAAAACUGAUCAAGCGGAGGAAGGCAGGAGGGGAUCUGUAUGUCAAUGGCAUGAAACAAUUCAUGAGUAUCCGUUCGGAAACCAUUGCCACUUAUGCACUCUGUGGAUUUGCAAACUUCGGUUCUUUGGGAUUGGUAAUUGGAGCACUGACAUCCAUGGCUCCCGCCAGGAAGAGAGACAUUGCAGCAGGGGCCUUCAGGGCUAUGAUUGCUGGUACUGUGGCCUGCUUCAUGACAGCUUGCAUUGCAGGAAUAUUAUCUGUUGCAGAAGAUCCAUGCACUGCUUUACUAGAAAACUCCAACAACUUCAACAUGACUACAAAUAGCACAGAAAUACUUACAUGCUGUUCAAAUCUCUUUAACAGUACAAACAGUUUGACAGAGAUCUUCUUAAAAGCAAACAACAACUCAAGGACCUUGGCAGGAUGCUGUAAACUUCUGGACCAACCCACAGUUAAUUGCAGCUGGAUCCCUACAUUCUCAUAAACUGGGGCACUUUAUAUAAGAGACGUUCGCAGGACUUUACCUCACCAGCAGCAAAACAGAAUGACAGUGGAGUCGUUGCCUUGCUGCUAUAGAUAGGACAAACCUUGUUUUCAAUGUAAACUAGAUUGACAAUUAUGUAAGUCUUCCAGUGUCGUUGGACUCACUGGGUGAGUAUCCGUGUUCCAUAUCUCUUCAUAAGCUGUUGGGUCCUUGAACUGGCCAUGAUGAAGGACAUAUUUAAACAUUUCAAGCUGUUUCACAUAUUUAUUUUAAACCAUUCUAAAUAGCUCUCUCUCACUGUGGGACUCCAAACGUUUUGCUCUAUUGAAAUAAAAUUACUUUAGUAUGGUCCUAAGCAUAUUUAUACUCAGAACUAUGCCCCAGUUAUUUCAGUGGUACUUACUUCCAAGUAAGUAUGAUAAUGUUUACAGCCUUCUUCCCUCGUAGCUUUUAAAAAAUGUGUGGUUCUGUCACUACAUGUAUUAAGAAACCUACUUUCAAAUUAGCUUUGCAUUAUUUACCCAUGUAUCAAAAUCUCCCCAAACCAUGGCAUGACAAGUGUUUCCACUAAUUUUGGAUCAGAAACUGUUGCCAUUGCAGUGGGAGUAGGUCUGCCAGUGUGUGAGCAGUAUUGGAUAACUGCCCGUUGUUAGAAAUUAACAGAAGGGCACAUAUACACAAUCAUUUUUGAUGCUGGUGUCAUCAAUUACUGCCAAAUGAAAAGAGUUUUUCCUGGACCAAAUGCUAGAGCAAUGGUGGUUACCAAUGCAAACACCUGCUGUUAUAUUAUUAUGUGUACAAUGAAUGCAUCAUAAUAUUGAACUGCAUAAAUACAGGAACUGAUCUUACAACAAAAGACCAAGAAAGAUCAACAAUGCUUGUAUGCAUGCUGUUAGGUCAAUUAACGUGGUUUGAGAAAGAUGGUCUCUUAGCUGCUAUUGUUGGAAUCAGAAAAUAUAAACACUCCACACUCCAAAACUAUAUAAUAAGACUUCCAUAAGACUUUUUGUCAGUUUCACUUGAUAUUGGAGGCUUUUGCACUGUGAGAUAACUUAGGCAGGGAUGAAAAAGGGGGUCACAAGAUGGCAAGUGGCUUCGUGGGUUUUCCCACCAACCACAUCACACCAAAUAACCAACAAGGAUUCAUGACACUUGUGGAAUCACAUUCUGAGGGCCAAGCUACACAUUACUUGUUGUUGUUGUUAUCGUUAUCAUUAUCAAAAGCAGAUGCUGGACACUGCAGUUAGGAGCAGAGAAAGGGUGAGUGAGUUGUACAACCCAUUUUGCUGCUGGCAAUUUAUCCUCACAAAAUCAGCCAACGGUGAAGAAGCUGUUUGGGGGACAGUUUUCCAGAGGAAGGAUUAAGCCCUGACUCCCCAUCCAGCCUUCCCCCACUCCUGAUUACUCAGCAGCUGCUUCUCAUUGAAUAAUAAUAAUUUAAAUGGAGAGAAGAAAGUUAUAUGGUAAUGGAACGCCACGUAAUGUAUAGUUUGGCCCUGACACAGCAAUUGCAAUGGAACUGAAUAUGAUAUCUGCAAGAAGAAUCCUAGUAAUGACAUAUUGCUAUUUUAAGUGGUGAUAAAGUGAAAUAUCCCUUCAACAGAAGCACAACCACAAAGAAAGCUGGGUGGAUGGUGUGUAAAAUAAUGGGAAACACUUACUUUCUUACACUAUGACCUGGUUUGCACCUAAUGCUAACCCAAGGUUAACCCUACUCAGAUUUGUUGCUCUACCCAGGGCUUGUCUGGAAGACUAUCAAAGAAACCAUGGUUUAUUUUCUCAGUCCCUGGAUUGUUUGUUUUCCUUCUCCUUUGCCCGCUCCCUCCAUAUAUACCAAAUGCUUUUGCAGUGCUGUAGUAAUGGCAUGAAGAGCAGUUGGGUUGGUUGGGUUUUUUUUUAUCUCUCUUGCCUGCUGCCACUAAAGCCUGGUGAAAUGAACAAUUCACAGUUCUGGAUUCACAUGUAAUGACAACCCAUGCUUUAAACAACUCAG